ACGCGCCUGCGUCAUCACCGCGAGCGCCGGCCGCGGCGGAGGGGGGAGAAACCCAGGGUCAGGCCGGGGCCGCGCAGCGCUACCGGGAACCGGGGCCGCCGCGCUCCGCUCCGGUUCCCGGCUUCCCGCCGGGCCGAGCGGGGCCGAGCUGAGCUGAAGAGAGGCGGGCACCGGCGAUACAACCGGCGGGGCGAGCGCGGGGGCCGCACGCCGACCCCCGCCGCGGGGCUCCAGGGAUCCGGGAGCGGCGGGCGGCCGUCGGGGAUGUCCUACAAGCCCAUCGCUCCCGCCCCCGCUACCCCCGGAGCCGCCAGCGCCAGCCCCGCCCCGCCGGGGCCCGGGGCACCGUCCGCCGCCACGAGUGUCCCGUCGCCCUCCGGUUCCGUCCCUGGCGCCGCCGCCCCUUUCCGGCCGCUCUUCAAUGACUUCGGGCCGCCGUCCAUGGGCUACGUGCAGGCCAUGAAGCCCCCCGGGGCGCAGGGCUCGCAGAGCACCUACACGGACCUGCUCUCGGUCAUCGAGGAGAUGGGCAAGGAGAUCCGGCCCACCUACGCCGGCAGCAAGAGCGCCAUGGAGCGGCUGAAGCGGGGGAUCAUCCACGCCCGGGCGCUGGUCAGGGAGUGCCUGGCAGAGACAGAGCGAAACGCCCGCACGUAACGGCAGCUGCCGCCCGGGACCCCCCGGGACUUCCCGGUGGUGGCGGCGGGGGCGGGGGGGCCGCCGUGCUGCCCGAGCCCCCCCUCCCCACGCUCUCCGCUCUUUAUAAAUGCGUGUUUUUAUAAAUAAAGGACAAUGUUGGGA